GUAGUAUAUGACUGAAUGUUUGUCAACGAUAUUCGUUAUCAUAAUGCAAACAGUAGGACUAGCAUUAGUCCCGGUAUCACAAAACCGGAGCCGGUUUCUCAGAAACUUGCUACUGUUCGACUCCUCCCUAUUCCUCUCCUAUAUAAAUACAUACAAGAUACCCUUGUCAUCAAUAUCCCAUUUCAAUACCAUUACCAAAAAAAUCAAUAUCCCAUUUCAAUAUUAUUUCUUAUAAUUUACUUAGUGUUCCUAGCUGCUAUCCCAUUUCGCAGAAAAACAUUUUGGUUAUAUUGUAGAAUAAAUCUAUAUAUGUCUCCAGCAAUAGCAAUGGCAGUUGAAGAGAAGGAGUAUGAUAGUAAUCAUAAAGAAGCAGAGAGCCAAUACCAGAAAGGGGUAAAGCAUCUGUGCGAAAGUGGUAUCAGUAGAGUACCAGCCAAGUACAUUUUGCCCAUUUUAGAUCGACCAUUCACUACUAGACACGACGAAGUUAACGUAUCCAAUCAGCAUAAUCUUAAUUUGCCCAUCAUUGAUUUUGCUGAUUUGCAAGGUUCCAACAGAGCCCGAGUCCUUAAGACUCUAUCUAAUGCUUGUGAGCAAUAUGGCUUUUUUCAGGUGGUAAAUCAUGGCAUUCCAAGUGAUGUGAUAAGCAGUAUGAUCGAGGUGAGCACAAGGUUUUUCGAGCUUCCUUUUGAGGAGAGAGCCAAAUACAUGUCGUCUGAUAUGUAUUCGCCGGUUCGCUAUGGAACUAGCUUCAAUCAAAACAAAGAUAAGGUGUUUUGUUGGAGGGAUUUCUUGAAAUUAAUGUGCCAUCCUAUUUCAGAUGUUCUUCCUCAUUGGCCUUCUUCUCCUGUGGACUUUAGGAAAUUGGCGGCUACCUACGCAAAAGAAACCAAAUUCCUGUACUUAAUGCUAAUGGAGGCAGUCCUAGAGAGCCUAGAAGUUGUGGGAACCACAGAGAAGAAGACAGAAGAAGAAGAUGAUGAUGAUGAUGAUCAAUUACUUUUGAAAAAGUUUGAAGAUGGAAGCCAGCUAAUGGUUGUCAAUUUCUAUCCACCAUGCCCUGAACCUGAUCUUACCCUAGGGAUGCCUCCUCACUCUGACUAUGGAUUCCUCACACUUCUUCUCCAAGAUGAAGUUGAAGGACUUCAAAUUAAGCACCAUGAAAAAUGGGUCACCGUACAACCCAUCCCCAACUCUUUUGUCGUCAACGUUGGCGAUCACCUCGAGAUAUUCAGCAACGGGAAAUAUAAGAGUGUUUUGCAUAGGGUUCUCGUCAACUCCAUGAAAGCUCGGAUUUCAGUAGCUUCAUUGCAUAGCCUUCCUUUCGAUUGCACGGUUGCACCGUCGCCCAAAUUGAUCGACGAAUCAAAUCCAAGGAGAUACAAGGACACAGACUUUGCUAGUUUCUUGGAGUUUAUUUCAUCCCGUGAGCCUAAGAGGAAGAAUUUCCUGGAGACUAGGAAAAUAUUUGACUUAGAAAACCAGAUUAAUUAAGUUAAAAAAAAAUAAAAAAUUAUAUAUGUACCUCUUUGACUUUUUUGCAGUAUCAAAAUCAAUCUUUUUUUUUUGGUUCUUAGGUGAAUAGUAUUAUCAAAAUCAAUUAUGUAAACAACAAUAAAUUAUUUUGGUAUGUCAUCUUUCUUAGGCUUUUUUGGGUUGGGCUAGCUGGGGGCCAAAAUGUGAAGACCCUAAAAGUUAAGCUCGUCUGGACCCUGCAGUUAAUUUCUUGUUUUUAGGUCACUUUGGCAAUGGUUUAUAUUAGACAUAUACAGAGAUCGCAAGUGUUAUAUAUAUAUACUUAUUUUGGCAUUAUUUAUAUGAUUA